AUGGCGGCCGACAAGCCGGAGGAGAACAAGCUAUGCCCGCGAGGACAUUGGAGACCUGCAGAAGACGAGAAGCUGAAGCAACUAGUUGAGGAGUUUGGGCCUCAGAACUGGAAUUCUAUUGCUGAGAAAUUGCAGGGAAGAUCAGGGAAAAGCUGCAGGUUAAGGUGGUUCAACCAACUAGACCCAAGAAUCAACAGAAGACCCUUCACCGAAGAAGAAGAAGAGAGACUCCUCGCUGCCCAUGGCUUCCACGGCAACAAAUGGGCUCUUAUAGCCCGGCUUUUCCCUGGCAGGACCGACAACGCUGUCAAGAACCAUUGGCAUGUAAUCAUGGCUAGAAGGCAGAGAGAAAAGACCAAGUUCCUUACCAACCAAAGUAGCUUUCAUGAAGAAGAUCACAGUCACAUAUUCAAUCAGGCCGAGACCAGCUGCUCAAUUUCAUCUAAUCAGCUUAAUCAUUAUGAGUAUAAUUAUGGUAACUUGGGGAGUUCUCAUCAUCCUCUUCAAAAGCUCUCUAACUCAUCUACUAUUUAUUGGCGUUUUGGUGUGUUGGAGGAGCAUAGGGGGUGUUUGAGGGAUGCUUCUGGUGGUGUUAAUAAGGAAGAGAAAGAUGAUGAAACUUUGAGAAGUAAGGAUGUCCCUUACAUAGAUUUUUUAGGCGUGGGUAAAGAUUAG